CUAGGUAGACAUUGUCUACAUUCGGGCACAUGUCGCUUCUUAUUUGCUUACCGCUUACCUCUACAGCCGCGAACUCGAAGUGCAUGGCUUCGCUUGCUUCUGAUACCCUCAUGACACAAGCUCACUGACCCUGUGGAGGACCAAGUAGGCGAAAAUCGCGCAUGCUCGAAAAUCGCUCACCAUGGUAGGAAAGGUCUCCUGUAACCAGCUAGGACAACGGCAGUGGUCCAGGCGUGCGUUGAGCAUACGACCAAUAAUAUGAGCCAUUUUUGAGCGCCUAAUGCUCCAAGCAUUGGCAAUGGCGCUGCAUGUGAAGCUCGCGUGUUUCUGCUCUGCCGUACAGGCCUACCUAUUCUCAUUAAUGUACUUUUCAUCCUCUCCAUUUCUGCUGCCUUCUAUCCACUGAUUAUUCGCUACUGCUUUUCUCCUCGAGAAAACAUCCCCCCACCAGCAACGCGCUAUUUGGCCAUUAUGGCUACCUCCAUCACUUACGCGUCAGACACGUUUGAGGAGCGAGGGCGUGUCCACCGAACGGCUACUAGCCUGUCUAAUCGCCGUCCUCGGUCGAGAGAUUCGUCCAUUUCGAUACACCGAGUGAACAGCACCGUUGAUCCUAGCCUCGCAUUGCCACCGCAAUACCGUACAGUCUCCUAUGGGGUGGAAGAAAGGCAGCGAAGAGAGCAAAGCAAGCGGGAAGUCGCUAGCAGCCGCCGCAAGCCGCAAAGUACACCUGCUGAGACUGCGUACGCCAAUAUCGACUACCAUAAACUGUCGGUCAACGACCUCUUCACCCGCCUUGGCAGCUCUUCCAAACAAGGCCUCACAAGCUCCGCAGCUGGACAGCAAGUGAAAACUGUCGGCCAGAACGUGAUAUCCGCCCCUCCGUCGAAAUGGGCUCAGAGAGUCUUUGGCUAUUUAUACGGUGGAUUCGGAUCAAUUCUGUUCAUCGCUGCAGUCCUAGUCUUCGUCGCGUGGAAGCCACUGGGGCAGCCGCCGGCUACGGCAAACUUGGCACUGGCUAUUGUCCUUGCCUUCGUCUGGGUCGCGCAAGCGCUCUUCUCCUUCUGGCAAGACUUCUCGAGCUCGAGGGUGAUGGCUUCCAUCACAGGCCUGCUCCCAGAUCAGUGCGUGGUGCUCCGCGAUGGUCAAGAGCAGCGCGUAGAUGCCCGAGACAUUGUUCCGGGAGAUGUGCUCCGAAUCACCACAGGAUCCAAGCUUCCUGCCGACGUUCGCUUCAUACAGGCAACUUCGGAUGCUCGUUUCGAUCGUAGCAUCUUGACUGGGGAGGCAGCACCACUGCUGGCGUCGAUCGAUACGACCGAUGACAACUAUCUCGAGACUGCUUGCAUCGGUAUGGCUGGUACACACUGUGUCUCCGGCAACGCUUGGGGUCUUGUAGUGGAUACCGGAGACAGGACGGUCUUCGGCUGCAUUGCUAAGUUGACGAAUACGCCCAAGUCUGGUCUGACACCGCUGCAGAGAGAGAUAUUGUACUUCGUCGGCAUUAUCGUCUCGCUCAUGCUAGUCAUGAUCGUGGUUGUUAUCAUUGUCUGGUCUUCCUGGCUCCGUACCCACCAUCCCAACUGGAUCAACGUGCCAACUCUGAUUGUCGACCUUGUCAGCGUGGCUGUGGCGUUCAUUCCCGAGGGGUUGCCGAUCGCAGUGACAGCCAGCUUGACAAUCUGCGCCAACAUAAUGAAGAAAAACCGCAUUUUAUGCAAGUCACUCAAGACCGUCGAGACGCUUGGAGCGGUCAAUGUGAUCUGCUCUGACAAGACUGGAACACUCACGCGCAAUCAGAUGAAUGUCACGGACUGCCUCAUUGGGGCAAAAGCUAUCACAGCUGCUGAUGCGCUGACGGCGGAGAAGCAAGAUGAUUGUCUUCAAGAAUUAGCAGAGCUCGGUGCACUAUGCAAUGAGGCCGAGUUCGAUGCAUCCACACUCAAGCUGUCAAUUAAUGAGCGAAAGAUCAACGGCGACGCUACCGACUCUGCCAUCCUCCGUUUCGUAGAAGGCUUGAAAGAUGUUGCUUCACUUCGCGCUUCCAACAGGUCGCUUUUCAAGGUGGCCUUCAACAGCAAACACAAGUUCGCUGUCAACGUCAUUCAGGCAGACGCCUCGGAUGAAGCGGUGUUGUUGAUAAAAGGCGCGCCAGACAUACUCUUGCCUAGGUGCGGGUCGUACCUAACCAGUGAUUGCAAUACUGCGGAGCUCACAACAGAUGUACGGCGCCAGAUUGAGCGGACCAAAGAUCUGUGGUCAUCUCAAGGACGCCGCGUGCUGCUCCUUGCGCGACGGAAACUUCAGAGCUCGAGGCUUCCAUUCGACCCUGCAACACAGCCACGUGAAUGCGAGAUCUCUAUCAUGGACUUGGCAUCUGCUCAGUUGACCCUUGUUGGCGUCUUGGGCAUCGUUGACCCUCCAAGGCCAGAGAUCUUAGGUGUAGUCGAGACGCUGCGCGGUGCCGGUAUCAGGAUCUUCAUGGUAACUGGCGACUUCAGGCUUACCGCGCAAGCUGUGGCUGCCGAAUGCGGUAUCGUUACACAGUCCCCUGCCCAAGUCGUGGACGUGAGGUCUCUUACAACCGAUGAUCUCGACCAGCAAGCUAGCCUCCUCAAUGGGAAAACCGUUGACGCUGGUGGGGACGCCUAUAGCGCCGGACGCUCCAUCGUCAUGAAUGGCUCUGAACUUGAUGAUCUCGAUGACGAUCAGUGGGACAGACUCUGCGCAUUUGAUGAGGUGGUCUUCGCUCGCACAACGCCAGACCACAAACUCAAAAUCGUCAAAGAGUUGCAAUCGAGAGGGCUCACGGUCGGCAUGACUGGCGACGGCGUUAAUGAUGCGCCUUCGCUUAAGGCCGCAGAUAUUGGCAUCGCUAUGGGCAGUGGUUCGGACAUCGCAAUCGAAGCCGCCGAUAUGGUCUUACUGGACUCGUUCGCUGCAAUCGUGGAAGCCGUCCGAUACGGACGAGUGGUUUACGACAACCUGAAGAAGACGAUUGCUUACCUUCUCCCAGCCGGAUCGUUCUCCGAGUUCUGGCCCGUUAUCACUAAUGUGGUAUUUGGCCUCCCCCAGAUCCUUUCUUCGUUCAACAUGAUCAUCAUCUGUUGCUUUACCGACUGCGCCGCAGCGACCGCACUCGCGUAUGAGAAGCCUGAAGCUGAUGUCCUGACACGUCCGCCGCGAAACGCCAAGAAGGACCGACUCGUCGACUGGAAACUGAUCCUGCAGGCGUACGGCUUCAUUGGGGUUGUCGAAACCGUGACCUCCUUUGCGAUGAGCUACUGGUAUGCUCAGCGGUCUGGCCUCCCAUUCUCCGCGCUAUGGUUCGGCUUCGGCAGCACCCCUGACGGCAUGUCCAGUGACACCAUGGUAGAGAUCCUAAGUACGGCAAGCUCGAUAUACUUCGUCAACCUGGUGGUGAUGCAAUGGUUCAGCAUUUUCGCGCUGAGAACGAGGCGGCUAUCGGUGCUCAAGCAUUCGCUGAACUGGUACAUCUUGCCCGCGAUCAUUUUUGCUCUACUGAUUACAAUCUUCUUCCUCUAUGUACCCACAUUCCACGAUGUCCUGGGUACGGCUGUGGUGCCGGUGGAGCAUUGGUUCUUGCCCAUGGGGUUCGGCAUGGCGCUGCUGCUAAUGGACGAAGGACGUAAGGCGGCUGUAAGACGGUGGCCACAAAGCUUCUUGGCACGCAUUGCUUGGUAGAGCAGGGUUGCAUGCAAGCAUGGACUUCGCGAUAGGUAACAGGAGGACGUAAGCCAAGUAUCUACUCAACCAUCAACAUAGAGAAUCGCAGCGCCUUCAGCAGCGUG